CUUUGGAUAGUAGUAGCAGUAGCAGUAGCAGUGGGAGUGGCAGCAGCAGUAGCAGGUGCGAUGAAUAUCUUGUUCUUGCGACGUCCACCCCUUUGGAUAGUAGCAGCAGCAGCAACAGCAGAAGUGGGAGUGGCAGCAGCAGUAGCGGGUGCGGUGUAUAUCUUGUUCUUGCGAUGUCGUGAGACGUUUGGGAAGAUUCGGCGUAGCGCCCGCCCCCAGAGUCCCUUACUAGCCUCUUCCUGCUGCUGGGCUCUUGUGUCGUUAGGCUCGACUGAGUGCAAUGUGGAAGGACAUUUCUCCUUUUCAAAGACGUCGCCCGACUCUGAUUGUGGCGCGUAAGGAGGAGGAGGAGGAAACGUAGGGUCCAGCUUGUCUUCGGGUAGCCAACACUUGCUUUCGUUCAGCAAGUUGGUUGAAGAGAAGCAGGGGUGUGAGAAUACCUUGAAGACCAUGAUAGAGGAAGAGAGAGAGGUUAUUAUACCUCGCUCGAUAUAGGGUGGAGUUGAUUUGAUGGAUUUGGUUGAUUUGAUAGAUUUGGUUGAUUUGGUUGAUUUG